AUGAUCUACUUCCACACUGUCAUGAUUCUGUGAUGGUUAGACUUGUUUUUAAUGCUAAUCUGCACAAUUGCAUUAUUAUUAUUUUCAAUUCUCAUGAAAUUAUUGUUGUUUCCAACCAGGGCUUUUUCGAGGGCUUACAGGAGUUGGUCGAGAAGUAUGGUCAAGUUUGUGGUUACUAUAUUGGCCGUCGGGCAACCGUUGUAAUUGCUGAGCCCGAAAUGCUGAAACAGAUUCUGGUAAAGGACUUCAGCAACUUUGUCAACAGAAUGAAACUGUCUUUUGCCAACAAGCCGCUGAGUGACAGCCUUUUGUUCCUACAAGAUGGAGAUUGGAAAAAUGUCCGCAGUGUAUUGACACCAACUUUCAGCAGCGCAAAGAUGAGAGAGAUGUGCCCAUUAAUUAACCAGGCGACAGACACACUGAUGGAAAAUCUGAAGGCUCAUGCAGACUCCGGCGAGGGUUUUGAUAUCUAUCGGUACUAUGGCUGCUUUUCCAUGGAUGUUGUUGCCAGUGUCGCAUUUGGUACACAGGUCGACUCCCAGAAGAACCCUGAUGAUCCAUUUGUCAAGCAUGCAAAGAUGAUCUUUAAUAUAAAUUUCUUCAAACCACUUAUUUUCCUCAGCAUAAUAUUUCCCUCCAUUGUGAUGCCUAUCCGGUUUUUGCUGCCUCGUACAUCCACGAGCAAGGUGAAUGCCUUCUUUGUCAGAGUGAUUAAAGAUAUUAUAGCACAGAGGGAUCAGCAGCCUUCAGAUCAGAGACGCAGAGAUUUCCUGCAGCUCAUGCUUGAUGCCCGGAUAUCCACUGAUUACACUACUAUGGAGAAAUUCGAUAUUACCAAUUCCAGUGGUCAAAUCGAGGAGUCUCCCGAGACAGAGAAUGCAAAGGACAUGACCAAGUCAAGCCCAGCUAAAGUCCAGAAGAAGAUCCUUAGUCUGGAUAAAAUUUUGGGACAGGCAUUCAUUUUCUUUGCAGCAGGAUAUGAAACUACCAGCAGUACUCUAGCCUUUAUUUCUUACCUGCUUGCCACCCAUCCUGAGAGCCAGGAGUUGCUACUAAAGGAAGUUGAUGAAUUCUAUGAGUCUCACAUCACUCCCGAUUAUAACAAUGUGCAGAAAUUAACCUACUUGGACAUGGUGAUCUCAGAGUCCCUACGCAUGUACCCGCCUGGAGUCAGGUUUGGUCGCUGGUGUGAAAAAGAUUGUUUGGUGAAUGGACAGUUCAUUCCCGCGGGGAUAACUGUCGAAGUUCCGGUUGGUGUCCUCCACUAUGACCCUAAAUACUGGCCAGAACCAGAGAAAUUUAAACCAGAGAGAUUCACUCCAGAGUUGAAAGCAGAACGCCAUCCUUUUGUAUACCUGCCUUUUGGUGCUGGACCUAGAAGCUGUAUCGGGAUGAGACUGGCGCUAUUGGAGAUCAAGAUUGUACUCAUACGGAUUCUGUCAAAGUACAGUUUCCAGACCUGCCCCGAAACACAGAUUCCAGUGCAGAUAAAAUCGUCAGGCACCCUUGGACCGAAAGAGGGAGUUAUCCUUAAGAUUGUGCCAAGGAAAUGUUAAACACGUGGUUGUACCCGAUGGUCUCAACAUAAUGUAUGAAUCUGAUAGAUGAUCAAAACUUUGGAAUGAUUAUUCAAUGUGUGCGGCUAGACUUUAACAAAGCUCCUGAACCUGAAUGUGGAUGGAAAACAUAAAGUGCUCCUAAUUAUGAAGUGCUACCUUGCAUAAUCUUCAGUUAGCACAGUUUGAAUUGAUUUAGAUUAGAUUCAGAAAAUAAUGUAGGACCAUGAGUAGGAUCACAGUGAUUAAACGGCUAAUAUGGAGGAUAACAGCAGAUUGAAGAAAAAGUUGUAAAAUACUAAACAUAAUAAUGGAUGUUCAGUGUGAUUAUCUGACUUUAAAUAAAUCAGUUUUCUUUGUAUCCUG